AUGUACAAAUUGGAACUUAUAGAACAACAAGAACAACAAGAACAACAAGAACAACAAGAACAACAAGAACAACAAGAACAACAAGAACAACAAGAACAACAAGAACAACAAGAACAACAAGAACAACAAGAACAACAAGAACAACAAGAACAACAAGAACAACAAGAACAACAAGAACAACAAGAACAACAAGAACAACAAGAACAACAAGAACAACAAGAACAACAAGAACAACAAGAACAAGAAUAA